CUGUUGUUUACCUUCCUGUUAGACGGUGGGAAGACAUACAAAUGUGUACGUCUAAUAUUGUAAAUUUAACAAUGACAAUCGGAAAAAAAAGAAUUGAAAUAGCUGACUGCCAGAGGAACAUAAUGAACAUCAAGAAACUAGACAAAAUCUCCAGUCAUUUAAUGCUACGAAGGAGCUAGAUAAAUAAGUUUCAAACAAAGUAUAAUUCAUAAAAUCCAUGUCCGAAACUUCAGAGUUUAAAGAAAUGAAUCCGUAUUAUCAAUAAUACCGCUACACGAAAUUUUAUUUCCGAGACAUACAGUUAAAAGGCGUUCCUAUUGAGGCAAGACCAUGUGAUGUUGUUUCCAAAAAGAUGGAUUACCAACAGGCACAAAUGGUGCUCCAGUACAGUUCAUCAAUGUCAGUGGAAAAUAUCAAUCUGAAGUUAGAUAUCAAUUUAGAUAAUACGGGAUUCUGUAAAUGGGGUUGUUGCAUGUUACCCGAUGGAAAAUUUGCAUUUACGGAGACAUUAAACAAUCUUGUCAGAGUAUUAAACACUGACGGAUCAAAAGAUUUUGAAGUGAAAACAAAAUAUAGGGCAUUUGAUAUAGCUUACAUAAAUGUAGACAACACACUAGCUGUAACAUCAGGUACUAUUGGAAGGUGUAUUACCAUUAUUGACCUACAGAAAAAACAAAUUAAGAAAGAAAUAUUUGGUGAUUCAAAUUAUCACGGUUUAGCAGUAAUGGACCACUUGCUCAUCUGCUCAGUAGAUAAAGAAGGAAUACAGAGGUUUAAUCCAAACGACAACUUAAACAGCAUUAUAGUUCAAGAGGAAUUUCCUAAAAUGUGUUACAUUGCUACAUUUGAUGAUAAAAUAUACCACACAAAUAACAAAACCAACUCUGUUACAUGUUAUGAUUUACAUGGCAACGUACAAUGGACAUUUGAGAAGGACAGUGUUCUUAAAAGACCGUUUGGGAUCUCUGUAGACAAUGAUGGUAAAGUAUACGUGUUAGGGAGGUUAUCUACCAAUGUUGUAGUCAUAUCUGCUGAUGGACAAUACCACAAAGAAAUACUUACAUCCAGUGAUGGUCUCUUUGAACCCUUGUCUCUGUAUUACAAUAGAAGUACAAAUCAGUUACUAGUUUCCAAUAAUAACCAGAGAGCAAUGCUUUUUUCUUUAAUUUGAAUAAACACUAGUAUUUAUUACACUGACUUUAUUUAGUUUUUGUCAAACCUGCGACUUCUGUCGAAGAAAAAGAACAAAUCGAUAGUGAAAGUGCAGUGGCGACGACGCUUGGCUGAACGACGGCGUUUACCAAUAGCUACUACUUGAAAGCCUGAUAUUUCGGAAGGUCGAAGGCCUACUUUGGAUAUAUAUAUGCCAUAUGUGAUAAAGUUUCCGUCUAACUGAUAGUGUUCAUUGGUCUUGACCUCAUUUUCAUGGGUUAGGGACAACUUCUUAAUUCCUAAUUAUGAGUAAUACGAUAACUUUAUUUUGUAUGUGCGUAACUUGCAAUUUUUCGUUAUCAAUUCCAUAUCUCAGAUACUAUAAGUAAUAGGUCAACUAUAUUUGGUGUAUGGGUUGAUUGUAAGGUGUAUAUGUUUAACUGGCAGAUGUCUAGUGGUUAACGUUCAAUUUUGGUGUUGCAGACUGUUUAUCUGAUACUGUAUACAAUUGGCCAACUAUAUUUGGUGAAUAUAGUUUAUGAUGUGCAUGUCAGUCUGAAAGGUUUUAUUUGACCUCAUUUUAACGAUUAAGUGCUCAAUGUUUUUUUCUUAAAUUUUAAGUAUUAAGUCGUCUGUGUUUUAUGUAUAGAAUGAUUUAAAGGUGUAUAAUAAU